CGUGAGAGGGAGACUGAACUCAGUCGUGGCCAUGACUGCCGCAGAGAGUGCGUUUUUUUUAUAGCUACCAAGGAAAAGUAAACUCGAAGCUUUUUGUCUGUGCGAUAAAUGAGAUCGAGUUUUUCAACAUGAGAUUAAUCUGAAGGGAGCCAGGAUUUCUACUUGAAUCUUCGAUUCGGUGAAUCCUGGUUUUUCCAUUAAUCUUUCUCGCGUGCCUCGUGAACUUAUUUAUUGUUAGUUCAUCCCUUUUUCUCUCUUCACUCGUCAUGGCGAUCGUCGUUAUUGUCAAGAGCCUCAAAGGCCUCAAGUGCGGUGGCAAAAAACCGAGCGACAGAUACGUCAAAAUAGACUUUCGAGGUGUUUCUCAUUGCUCCAGCAAUCUUACCGAUUCGAAACAACUCGCGGACGAUGAAGAUUCCAUCGUCAGAGUCAAUCAGAGUUUUACGUGGAAUUUCGGACGUGCGAUACAAGAAUCGGAGACUCUACAAUUGGCAGUGGUGUCGAGAAACGUGCUCAGGCAGGAGAAAAUUCUCGGGCGUUACGGUCUCGUACUUCAGUCGGUUGUGCGAGACGGUCGAGUUUCUAUAACCGACGCACUCGUCGAUUUGAACAACAGGCCAAUAUCGGUGAUAAUAUCCUUCGAAAUUCGUUACGAGGCGCCGGAUUAUGAAGCGGGAAGUGACAGUUGGAGCUCGUCGUACGCGACGACAACUUCCGACAUGUUCCAGCAGCAAAACAACGUCGAGGAUGAGCGACAAAUGCUCAUCGAUAUCGAGGAAAACAUUGCGAAUCUCGAGCGCAGCUUGGCGAAUAAAGAAGCCAAAGCUAAUGGGGGCAAAGGGGAGGUUCCGGAAGCGGCGAACGCGAGAGCAUCCGUCGGCGGGAAAAAUGCCGCGGGCGGCAUUAAAAGCUUGGUUCAUCAGUACCAGAGGAAUCGGAGCGGCGGUGCAGCAGGGCGGUCGAGCGAAUCCGGCACCUCCGGGCGAAAAAUUUCUACGAUGAGAACGGUGAAAAAUUUGAUGCGAUUGGGCAAGCAGAGACCGUCGAGGCAAUCGGCGAGCGACGGUGGGGAGAGCAGCGACUGCAGCGAAACUCAUCGCCUCAUAGACUCCUGCGGCUCGGCGAACGUUUCCAGACGAGCUUCGAACGGCUCUCUCGACUCCAACGUCUCUUCCGAUCGCGGUGGAGCGGACGAGGAUUCCUGCUGCAGCAGCGUCCUCGGUCCCGGCGAGGAUGACGAUGCUUGGAACGAACAAACGGGAAACGGGAAUCACGAUGACGCUGCCAAUCGGCACCCUGAGAACCCUCAACACGGAAGCAAACAUUCGGGACGUCGAUCCGCUACGCAAAUGCGCCCCGCGACCGACGCAAGAUCGAAUUGCUCCCUCAAGGCUCAACACUACCAGGUUUGCAUCACGAUAAUCGAAGCCCGACAGCUCGCCGGUCUCAACAUGGAUCCGGUGGUUUGCGUUCAAAUUGGCGAUCAGCGGAAAUACACGAGUGUGAAAGAGUCCACGAAUUGUCCGUAUUACAACGAAUAUUUCGUUUUCGAUUUUCACAUGCCACCGGUUAUGCUCCUCGACAAAAUCAUCGUUCUUUCGGUGCAACAAUCGAGGAACAUUUUGCGGGCGAAUUUAACUUUGGGCAGUUUCAAAUUGGACAUCGCGACCGUCUGGGCGCAACAAGAUCACCAAUUCUAUCACAAAUGGGCAUUGCUAACGGACCCGGAGGACGCGGCGGGUGGGCCGAAGGGUUAUCUCAAGUGCGACAUAAGCGUGAUCGGCAAAGGAGAUUCGGUAAAGAUUCCAGCCUCGGUAUCGACGACGCGCGGGGUUGAGAGGGACGACGACGACAUCGAGGGGAACCUCCUGUUGCCGGCAACUUCCGGUGCGAAUGUGAUCGAGCGACAGAGAGCGCGAUUCAUCGUUAAAAUAUAUCGUGCCGAUGGUUUGCCGAAGAUGAACAGCAGCGUUAUGGCGAGCGUGAAGAAGGCCUUCACCGGAGGGCAAGUCAAGGAUCUCGUGGACCCUUACGUCCGAGUUUCCUUCGCCGGAUUGAGCGGUAAAACGAGCGUAAAGCGAAACAGUUACGCCCCAGUUUGGAACGAGCAAAUAGUCUUCACGGAAAUGUUUCCGCCGCUGUGUCAGAGGAUCAAAAUUCAAUUGAGGGACGACGACCCGGUGAACGGGAGCGUGAUAGGGACUCAUUUCAUCGACCUCAAGCAAAUAAGCAACGACGGAGAAAGAGGCUUUCUCCCGACGUUCGGGCCCGCUUUCAUUCAUCUUUACGGGAGCACCAGAGACUACAGUUUGGUUGAUCGCCACUCGACCUUGAACACGGGGCUCGGAGAAGGCAUUUCUUACCGCGCCAGGCUUCUCAUCGCGAUAAGAACGGAAAUGAGUGACAACGCGGACGUAACGACGAGCGGAGCCAGCGGACCCGCCGGAAAUUCGGAUGUUAGCGUGACCCAGACGACGCCGAUAAACGAGAACGCGUACGCGACGAACGAGGAAUUUUUUCUAUUCGCGUCGAUAAUGGAUGCGACUAUGAUCGACAAGAAACUCGGUGAGAGGCCCAUGUAUUUCGAGAUAUCCAUCGGUAACGCCGGAAACACUUUGGACGGUCACAACGAGAGUUCAAAGAUGAAGAACGGCGGGGUCGAGCAACAAAUGGUAAAUCCGAAGAACUCCCUGUUCGAGCUUUCCGGAGGCACGAGCCCUUCGUCCCUCGUCGAUGAGUCCUGGCAGAGUACCACUUGCAACGCAAAACCCAUGACUCACGAUCGCCUCUAUUACUUCAUGCCCUAUUGGGACGACAAGCCCUGCCUUUACGUCAGAAGCGUCUGGCCGGAUUAUCGACGGAGGAUGUACAACAGCAACGUCAUUGGAAAAAUCGUCGAGAAGUUGGAGGAGGGUCUGUCGGAGGUUGAGACACACGAGGACGAUCCAACGAGGGGAGAAAAAAUUCUAAAGUCGGUACUCGAGGAAUUGUGUACCGGAUGCACCAAAUACGUCGGUCUGAGCAAAUCGAGCGCGACCGGCGGGGGCUCCGGUCUUGGAAAGACGAAACUCGACAAGGAGAGAAUAAAAUUGUGCCAGCGAGAAUUGGAACACAUCGGUUCGACCGCGAGGAAUUUGAAAGUCGUUACAACGAAAAAUUCUUUCAAGGAGAGCUUCAAGACUGCCCGUACUUUUCUCGAUAAGCUCAAAUUUCUCCUCGAAGAUCCUCAGCAAUCGCUCCCGGAUAUUUUUAUAUGGGUCAUAAGUUCGGGGAAGCGCGUAGCCUAUCACAGAAUGCCGGCUCGCGACGUUGUCUACUCGAUAGUCGACGAGGAGUCCGGUCGGUUCUGCUCGACCGUACAAAGUGUUUACCUCAAGCUUCCAGAGAAAAAAGGAUUCAGCACGAGCGGCUGGAGCGUCCAAGCGAAACUGCAGGUCUACGUGUGGCUCGGUAUUUCGAGGCACAAGCGAUAUCUUCUUCAGGGGCUGCCCAAGGGUUACGAAAUGAACAACGAGCUGAAAAAUCUGCUCGAGAAGCCGCGCGCUCCGCCGCCCCUUUCGGUCCACUACGUCGAAAAACACAAAUUCCAACUCCGGGCUCACAUGUACCAGGCGAGAUCGCUCAUCGGCAGCGACGCAUCGGGACUUUCGGACCCUUUCGCUCGCGUAAUUUGUGGCGAAUUUCACAAAACUACUCAAGUCAUCGACGAGACUCUGAGCCCAACUUGGGACGAGCUGCUGAUAAUCGAUAACAUCAUAAUCUACUCGACGGGCUCGGUCAUAAAGAAAGAUCCGCCGACGGUCGUAAUCGAGCUCUUCGACAGGGACAAAGUCGGCAAAUCGGAGUACAUCGGACGCACGAUAGCUCGCGCUCGCGUCAAGCUCGCAUCGGACCCUUACGCGCCGCCGGAAUUUCCUCCGUCGCUCGAAUGGUACAGGGUGACGCGGGGCUCCGAGCCGGCGGGCGAGUUACUGGCGGUUUUCGAACUGCUCGAGUACGAGGAAUCUUCGGCGUUGGAGCCGAGGCUGCCGGAGCCCAAAUUGUACAGACAAGCCUCCGCGGCCGCUGGCAGCGAGAUCACGAUUUCCGAACUGAUCGACGAGGGCCCCAUAUUCCCGGUGCCCUGUGGAAUCCGGCCGACGCUCUCGAGAUACAGGAUCGAGGUCCUGUUUUGGGGCUUGCGAGAUUUGCGACGAAUCCAUUUGUUGAGCGUGGACAGACCCAGAGUCGACGUGGAAUGCGCCGGCCACAUUCUCCACUCCUCGGUCAUACAAAACGCAAAGAAAAAUCCAAACUUUUCGACCCCGAUAAAGUACAUGGAUCUCGAGUUACCGGAUCAAGAGUUGUACCGCCCGCCGGUUACGAUAAGGACGAUAGACUGUCGAAGCUUCGGUCGCUAUACGCUCGUGGGAACUCACACGAUAAGUUCGAUACAGCGAUACAUGCAUCAGAAUGCUCUUCAUCACGCCAAGAUCUCACCGGAGCGUCGUUCGACGUUGGAAAGCACGGGGGCGACGAUAAUAACGUUGGGUUUGUUGCCGCCGUUGAAUGGCAAAAUCACACCUGAAAUGAGCAAUAAAAGGGACAAAAUGAGAUCGAAUUUUCAACGAAAGAAGAGCAGCAGCGCGGCCGAGUCGCUGUCCUGUUGGUUGGGGGAUUCGAGCUCCGACGAGCACGAGACGAGCGAUUGGUGGACGAAAUAUUUCGCCUCGAUCGAAGCGAUGAUGUCGGAAAACGAGCGUGGCAUCGACGCGCCAGGCGCUCCCCCCGUCACCGCGAGCACCGUCUCCUCGAGCAUCGGCGGUCGGUUGUUCAAUCACUCGGUCAAUCAAAUAUCUGGAAACAAAAAGAACUGCAACGCCAAUGCUUCCGCCGGUCAAGCUUCGGAAACCAAGAGAAUCGCUACAAUGAAAAUUUACCGGAAUGAGCUCGAGUCCCAACCGGAGUUUCAACAUUUUCGCGAGUGGCUCGAUACUUUCGAGCUCUACCGAGGCAAAAACAGCGGGGCCGGGGACCAAGACGCCGCUUCCAGGGUCGUCGGAAGCUUCAAAGGCGCCUUGCGCGUCUACAAACAACAGCGAUGGCCUUCCGGGGCUCUCUCCGAGUCCGGAAGUGACGAGCCGCAAUUCAGCUUCUUCCAAAGCCUGCCCAUCCCCUCGAACGAGCCUAUCCGCGUUCUCGUACGCGUUUACAUCGUUCGCGCCAAUGAUUUGCAUCCCUGUGAUCCCAACGGAAAAGCCGAUCCGUACGUCGUUCUUCAACUCGGGGACAAAGUCGUCAGUGAUAAGAAUAAUUAUUCCUCCAAACAGUUGAACCUCGUUCUUGGCAAGUGUUUCGAGAUCGAGGCGACCCUGCCCCAAGAUUCAUUGCUGAUAGUCAAAGUCGUCGACUGGGAUCUCGUCGGGCCGGACGACGUUAUCGGAGAAACGAGGAUCGACUUGGAGAAUCGAUAUUACAGCAAACACCGGGCAACCUGCGGUCUCGCGCGUCAAUAUGACGAGAGCGGAUACAACAAAUGGCGAGAUCCGAUGAAGCCAACGCAAAUAUUAUCGAAACUCUGCAAGGACGGUAAACUCGACCCACCUUCGUACUCACACGGGCGUGUUAUAAUAGGCAAACAAAUAUUCACGCUCUCGAACGAGGAAAUGAUGUACUACGGGGGAGACAAUGCGUGUAAAGGAAUAGAGGAACAUUUGGCCCUGGCCGUUUUGAACCGCUGGAACACGAAUCUCGUGCCGGAACACGUGGAAAGUCGACCGCUUUACAAUCCGGAUAAACCCGGAAUCGAACAGGGCCGAUUGGAUAUGUGGGUCGACAUGUUUCCCAUGGACAUGCCACUUCCGGGUCCGCCGAUCGAUAUUUCACCGAGAAAACCAAAGGGCUACGAACUUCGGAUCAUCAUCUGGAACACCGAGGACGUUGUCCUCGAGGACGAUGCUUUCUUCACGGGGGAAAAAAUGAGUGACAUCUACGUCAAGGGGUGGUUGAAAGGUUCGGAGGAUUGUCAAUCGACGGAUAUACACUACAGAUCGCUGACGGGCGAGGGAAACUUCAAUUGGAGAUUCAUUUAUCCGUUUGAUUAUCUCGUUGCCGAGGAAAGGAUUGUCAUUCGUCGGAAGGAGAGCCUGUUCAGUUGGGACGAAACGGAAUUUAAGAUACCAGCGCGUUUGGAAUUGCAGGUCUGGGACGCGGAUCAUUUCUCGGCUGACGAUUUUCUCGGUGCGAUAACAUUGAAUCUCAAUCGUUUUCCAAGGGGCGCUAAAACAAGUAAACUCUGCACUCUCAAUAUGCUCAAAACCGAUGGCUCUGUGCCGGCUGUAAAUAUAUUCAAACAGAAACGCGUUCGAGGCUGGUGGCCUUUUUACGUCAAGAAGCAGAACGAAGACAUGGAAUUGACUGGAAAAGUCGAAGCCGAAAUACAUUUGUUGACAAAGGAAGAAGCCGAAUCUAAGCCAGCUGGUCCUGGCAGGAGCGAGCCGGAUCCUCUUGACAAACCCAGCCGACCAGACGCCUCCUUCGUGUGGCUGCUCAAUCCGAUAAAGUCCAUCAGAUACAUUAUCUGGCACAAUUACAAAUGGAUUAUCCUCAAGAUAUUAAUAACAAUAGCAAUCGCGACUCUUUUAAUAUUGUUCUUGUACGCGAUUCCAGGCUAUUCGGUAAAAAAGAUAUUGGGAGCGUAAAUACCUUUCUCUCUUUCAAUCUUUCUCUGUGCACAAAGAAAAGGAAAGGAAUACUUUUGGAAAUCGUUAGAAAUUUUAUUCUCUUGCACAAGUUUACAUGUCCAUGGAAUUUUGGAUUCUUCGCCGGAUCGACAUGGAUCUUAGCUCGUCCGGAAAAUUAACUUGUCCGUAGGUCGAAAAACCAUUUUUCCUGUAUUCAUCGCUCUCAUUUCGAAUAGUUGGCAUUUAUGUAGUGGAACAGAAACACCAAGAAGAACAGCGUGACUCCAAGGACGUUGGAGAAUACAGCCAAUUGUACAUCAGUGAUCAUCUGAAAUAAUAAUUGUUUUUCUAUCAUGUUUUGACAAUCGUUUCAACAAACAAAUCAUUAUUGAGACACAUUUUCACAAUAUCAAAUUCACUAAAAUUAUCAUAGAAAUGAAUUGCUAUUCGAGUUCAGCAAAUUUCUAGUCAGAAUAUUUUGAUGUACGUUUGUCGUUAUAAAUAAAUCAACUGAUCGCCGAAAUAAGAAA